UAGAGCAGUGCAAAGACCACGAUCUGUUCGUUUUGAUGCGUUGAUCCGUGUUAAUAAUUGAUUUUGCUUCCCUUGUUGUCUCGACCAAGCGCGACCAAAACAGUUGCGAUAUAAAUACACGAUUUAGCCACUUUUGAGGGAAAUCUUCACUGUACUUGUAUUGAGAACUAAAAGUAUCGAGCGUAUUCACCGUUAUCAUGUGAUAAGUUAGAAGAUUGGAGCAAUGAAUGCUGGAUUUUCUGCCAAGGUUCCUGCCUGCGUCGCAGAGACAUGUUACGAGCAUGAAGGCGUCAUCGUACCAAACAUCAUGCCUCUGAGGGCCCUCAAACGACUGAGGAACUUCGCUGUCCGACCCGAUGACCUGUUUGUCGUGACGUAUCCCAAAUCAGGAACAACCUGGGCCGAGCAUCUGAUGAUGCUGAUAAGAUUUAAUGGAAAUUUGAACAAACUAGAAGGAAAACAUGUCUUGAAACUGAUCCCAUUUCUUGAACACGUAAAAGACCUCGCAAACCCAUCCACAUCGGCAUUACAGAUCGACCGUGCUGAACGAUUGAAAUCACCGAGGAUACUUAAGUCUCACUGCCACCCGCCCUUCUUGCCACUAGAUAUAAGCACCGACGACCCCAAAGCCAAGGUGCUCUACGUAGCUCGGAACCCCAAGGAUACGGCUGUUUCAUUAUACCAUUUCUGUCACUAUGUUGGUCCGAUGCCUUCCUACGAAUCCUGGGAUGUUUUCUUUGAAGAAUAUCUCGCAGGCAGAACUCCCCAAGGCUCUUGGUUUGAUAACGUGUUACCAUGGUGGAGGAGAAGAAACCAUCCUAAUGUAUUGUUUCUCAAGUAUGAAGAUAUGAUCAAGGACUUGCCAACUGCAGUGAGGCAGAUAGCCCAUUUUAUGGGGAAGUCCCUUUCGGAUGACGUCAUCAAACGAAUCUCGAGAGCAUCGACGUUCAAGGCCAUGAAGAAUAACCCAUCCUCAAACCCUGACAGUAUCAUCUCACCAGCCAUAAGUAGGGGAAAUAACCAAUCUUUUAUGAGGAAAGGGAUAAUCGGAGACUGGAAGAAUUACUUCACUGCUGAUCAAAACAGAAAAUUCGACGAGCUGUACGAGAAGAAAAUGGCAGGUACUGGACUGGUGAUGCAAUUCGAAGCCAAAGCCCCCUUCAUCCCAUCGUUGUACUGAACAUUUUUUUUCUUUCUGUUAACCAUUGCCUACUGAAACUGGAUGAUCUCUAUACAAAAUCCUUGUGUGAAUGACAGGAUCCGGUAUUCUGUGGGUUAAAUCUUGAAUUGCGGGAUUGAAAAAGACAUCUCGGGUGUGAUAAGAUCUUUAACUUGAGCGGCAACUGAAACCUCUGAUUCAAGAAAUGGAAGAGAAUUGCACAAAAUAACCAAGUUAAGAGUCCGAAUGUCGCUAAAGCCCAGAGAAUUGUUUGAAGGACAUCGAAUCGUAUGUCGUAAAUUUCCAAGACUUUGUAUAUGAACUUAUAUAGUUCAUGAAACUUGUACAUAAGGGUAAUCAAGUAUUAAUGAACUUCCUGCCUGAGUUUCAAGUCACAUGACCAAGGUCGAAGGUCAUCGACCGAGUUAGUGGUUUGUUGAAUUGUCUUCAUAAAAUUUCAGUGGAUAUAGUCCAUGGAACUUGGAAAUAAGAGCAAUCAUGUAAUACAGAAUGUCAUGUGCGAGUUUCAGGUCACAUGAUAUAGGUCAAAGGUAAUAUAGGGUCAUUGAACUUUGGUCAUGUUGGGAUCGAGUAUAUGUUGCAUUGCUAUCACCUUGAAAGUUUAUGGAUCUACUGUAGAUAAUGACACUGAGACAUAAGAGUAUCCUGACUGAGUUUUAGGUAACAUGACCAAGGUCAAUGAACUUUGGCCAUGCUGUGGGUAUUGUUGAAUUGCCAUCAUGACUUCGAAAGUUUAUGUUCAUAAAAUGAGUAUCUAAGGAUAUAUUCCUUUUUGUUUUGCAUCAUCAAGGUCAAAUUACAUUUCAAAGUUCAUUUCAAUUAAAAUAGUGUUAAUGGUGUUUUUGUGGAUAAUUGUUCAAUAGUCGUUUCAAAGUUAGCACUGCAGCUCUAUUGUAUCGCGUAAUGCAUGCGAGAUUGCCAGAGGCUUUCCACUUAUUUUUGUAGUGACUUUGAUUUUCAAGUAUAAAAAAACGAGAGGAGAAAAUGUAGAUAUUAUAUAAAAAUUGGGAGUCUGUGCCUUGUAUAAUUGAUAAUACCCUAUUUUCAAUAAAUCGAGGAAAAAAACAUGAAAUCGCCUUUAGCAUAUGACGUCAAAUUUAUUUGUCCCAUCAAAAUAUUCGGAUUCCGCCCUUGUUUAGUUUGUUCGAAAAUGUUUUUUUUUCUUUUAUGUCAUAUCGUGUAACCCAAACUGUGUCAUAUUUUUGACAGACAAUGUGAUGGUUAAAUAUGAUAUGCUGGCAGCUAAUGUGAAUGUAUUUAAAAGAAAAAUGGGAUAAUAUUGUGAAGAAAAAGAUGAAUAAAUUAGAAAUAUAGAUGAACAAAUUAAUCGGGUGGAAAAAAUCGAUCGGGUGAUGUACGCGCUUAAUAUAGGAAAAUGGAAUGAAUUGUCAAAAUCAGGGGGUCGGGGUGCAUGCUUUUCAAGAGCCUAGUGCGUAUAAUAUGGUGCAUGGAAAAGUGGAAGGUUUAACUGUUUCACCCUAUCCUGAAAAAUAUAGUAUUUGAGAUAUUAUUUAAGGAGGAGAAAACGUGACAAAAUACUUAAGGGUAUAAUUGGAAGUCCAAAUGGACGAGCAUGAUGUAGAAUAUUUUUCUCUAAUAAAGAAAAAUUAUUUGGCUUAAGAGGUUCAAGUAAUCAUGCAUUAAAUUGUUUAUUGAUAGUGAUACGGCUAAUGAUUUACACUUCCAGAGUAAAACAUCAAUUACCUGUUUUUGAUAAUAUCAAAUUUGCACUUCAGAAUUAUUUCAAGAAUGAAAAAUAUA